AUGGCUUCAACCGAUACCCUUCAACCCAUUCAAACCUCUUCUACUUCCAAGAAUCCAUUCUUGACAGCCGACUCAAACAAAAUGGCUUCAUCCGAUACUCCCCAAUACGCCCAAACUCCCUCCAAGAGCUCGGUCUUUAACGUCGACUUUACAUGGAAGAAGUGGAAGGCCAUCGUGUCUGAUGCCAGCAAUCCCUCAGACCCCUUAUACACCAUCCAUUAUUCCCCAUUCAGUCUCGCAGCCAACAUGGUUUUCAAAAAGGCCCCCGACGAUGAAAUCAUCGGCAUUGGCAAGCUGAACGCAGUCUCUAUCAACGCUGACUACGAACUACGUGGGCAGAAGGCGCACCUUCUAGCCCAGAAACGCUGGCGGACGGUGUACACCCACCGCUCACUCAACUUCUCCGACACCGAAUCUCCAGUCACAAUGACAUGGACCAGCGAUGCCGGGUUCAAAACCUGGGACUUUGUCUGUGUCGAUGAGCAGCAGAUGCCCGUGGCGAAAUUCACUGCCAAUGCCUGGGGUGUCACCAACAUUGGCAAGAUCGAGUUCUCUGGCCCAAAAGCAGAUGAUAGAGCUGCACAGGAGGAGAUUAUGGUUACGGGGAUUACCUUGUUCUAUUGCAUGAUGCUUCGCUGUAACAACAUUUUCAAUCUCUUUGGGGCUAUCUUUGCUCGACCGGGGCACAAACAGCAUAUUGAGCCUCAGCCCAAAGCUAUGACUAGCGAGUAG